CACGUGUGUACCUAUACCGAAGGAUCGCCGCAUUGAUCUCUGGAUCACGUGGAGGAAGGGUAAUUACUGGAAGGGACCGGAAGUUUGACGAUGUGACGUCAGAGGCUGGUGACGGCUUCUUUCUUACAGGGCUUUAGGCGAGGGCAAGCCGUGUGCUGGAAACAGUCGUAGAGGGGAAUAUGUGAGUAGACUUUAUUAAAAUAAUCUGGUAAAAAUAUGAAAAACCUUAAAAAAGGGAAAAUUGUUGAGAGAAAGGGACAAAAAAAUACAAAAAAAAAACCGAAACGAAACCAAGAGUCAGUAGAGCCAUCUAUCGGAGAAUUGAAGAAAUACAAUCACAUAAAGGGAAAUAACUUGUACAAGCAGUUCAGCCAAAGUCCAAUUAAAAUAUUAAUUAGGCUGUUUAAUUUGCCGGUCGCUGACUCGCAGUUUAUAUCCGAAUACGUCAUUACACUGCGACCAGGCUGGAGCACCAAGGAUUUUCAGUCAAAUGUAUCUACCCUAGGACUUACUUUCCUUAAAGCCUGGUAUGUAUCCUAUUGGCGUCUUGUCGAUCCACUCAGUUGCAGGGAUGUAAUCACAGCAUCAGUAUCAACUGUUCAAGUAUUUGGACCUGGAGGUCCCCGUUUCCAGCGACUUCAAGGGGCCACCUCCCAGUGGUGUCGGGCGUCAACAAAGAGCCCUCGACUACAACAAGACAGCCCAAAUUUUUUUUUUUUUUACCAAGGUCUGGGGUCUCCCGCCCCUAAGACCUACAGCAGAGGUUUUCAACCCGGGUUCCGCCAGUACAGUCCAGGGGUUCCGCAAGAAGUUACAAAACUGCUAAAAUCGGCAGUGAUCUUUAAUUCUCCUGUGCAGAUAUGUGUGCAUAAGACUAUUAAAUUAUUGCACAGGGGUUCUUCGAGCCAGUGGAAUGUUUCCUUGGGGUUCCGCUCCAGCAAAAAGUUUGAAAAGCACCAACCUAGACCAUCACCUAAUCACCCUUUACCCGUCUUGUUGCUUAGCAACACCAACACCAACAAUCACUGCAGCCUCCACCGCCGCCACUGCUGGCAUCACCUUUGCUGCGACUGCCACCAUUGCUGUUCCUGCCAUCACCACCACCAAGAAUUUGGACCUGAAGGUCUCCAUUUCCAGCGACUUCAAGGGGCCACCUCCCAGUGGUAUCGGGCGUCAACAAAGAUUCCUCAACUACAACAAGACAACCAAAGUUUUUUUUUUUUUUUUCCCCAAUUAAGGGGUCUCCCGCCCCUAAGCCCUAGACCAUUACCUAAUCACCCUUACAAGUCUUGUUGCAUAACAACAACACCAGCAACACCAAUUGUCCAGUGGUGACCGGGUGAUAGACACACAAAGGCAUAUGUAUGUUUUCUUUUCUAUAUGCCUACCAACUCCACCCACAAGACUUUGGUCGAACCAAGACUAUUGUAGAAGGCACCUGCUCAAGGUGCCACUCAUUGGAACUGAACUUGGAACCAUGUGGUCAAACAACUGUUUUGGAGAAUAUGAUGCCCCAUGGAUAUCACAACAUGGUUUCGCAUCUGCAUGAAUACAUUUGUGCGUUUUCAAGUGACCGGUUUCCGAAGAUGAUUUACCACAGAUAUUGCAAUAAUGGAGGCGCAAUGGCCCAGUGGUUAGGGCAGCGGACUCGUGGUCGUAGGAUCGCGGUUUCGAAUCCCAGACCAGGCGU